AUGCAAGAAUGGAUUGAAAAGGUGAAGGGCCCUGCAGCACCGCCAGAUGCGAUCACCACAAGUCGCUAUUUCGACCACCCGCUGCAGCGCGGAGAUCCCCUUCUGCUCUUGGCGGUGUUCAUAGUACUGAUCCUGAAGCUGCUCAGUCAGGUGCUGCGAACAACUUGUAACUUCGCAUUGCAGAUGUUGAAGGUUUUGCUGGACACUGCACUGCGCCAGGGCACACGGUCAUUAUCCUACCGUGAGGAGCAGAUUUUAGAUCAUUUCCCCCGCGACAUUCGUGGCGUGCGGAAAGCCUUCGAUUUGGAGGCUGUUGUCAUAGUUUACGCAACUUGUCCGUCAUGCUGCUGCACAUAUGCGCCUUCAUAUCAAGAUGAUAUACCUGUUUAUCCGAGUCGUUGUCAGCAUCGCAGCGGCCCACGCAGCAAACCUUGCAACUCACGAUUGACGACUACUCGCGUUCUGGACGGCAAAAGCGUUCGCUCUCCUAUACGCCCUUUCAUCGUUCAAGACUUCCAUGCAUUUGUGGGUGGGCUUAUCAGCCGACCGGGGAUGGAGGAGAUCCUCCGACAGGGGAAGGCAAUACGAGAUUGCUACAAUCUACGCGACAUCACCGAUGGAUCUGCCGUCGCCAACAUGCAGGGACCGGACGGAAAACCCUUCGCCGAUGCAGCUGAGGGCGAGUUACGCUUACUUUGGGCCCUUUCGGUGGACUGGUUCAACCCAUAUCUCAACAAAAUCGCAGGGUUGUUGAUUUCAAUGGGGUCGAUGGCUAUGUCGUGUUUAUACCUUCCGCCGAGCAUGCGAUACAAAACCGAUAAUCUAUAUCUCGUGGGCAUUAUUCCUGGACCCAAGGAGCCCCAAGCUCGAGAGCACUAA